AUGAAUAACGAAUACGACUACUUAUUCAAAUUAUUGUUGAUUGGUGACUCUGGAGUUGGAAAGUCCUGUUUGUUGUUGCGUUUUGCCGAUAACACUUACACGCAAGACUACAUUUCCACCAUUGGUGUCGACUUUAAGAUUAGAACCAUUGAGCUUGAUGGCAAAACCAUCAAAUUGCAGAUUUGGGAUACCGCUGGUCAAGAGCGGUUCAGGACAAUCACAUCCUCGUACUACCGUGGAGCCCACGGCAUUAUUAUCGUCUACGAUGUCACUGACCAAGAGUCGUUUAACAAUGUUAAACAAUGGUUGCAGGAGAUCGACCGGUAUGCCACUGGAGGGGUGAUGAAGUUGUUGGUCGGUAACAAGGCUGAUUUGUCUGACAAGAAAGUCGUGGAGUACACAACGGCCAAGGAAUUUGCUGAGGCGUUGGACAUCCCAUUCUUGGAAACAUCUGCCUUGUCGUCUUCGAACGUCGAGCAGGCUUUUUACACCAUGGCGAGACAGAUCAAGGCUCAAAUGACCAGCAACUCGGGUGCCGGUGCUAGUGGUGGCAAUGCCAAGUCAAACGUCAACUUGAGGGGCCAGUCUUUAACUUCCAACCAAUCAAACUCUUGUUGUUAA